UGGCACCCUUGCUGAAGUUUGAGCGCGCAGCUGCCAAAAAUCAAUAUUUUCUUGAAAAAUCGUUUUAAUUCUAUGUUAAAACAUCAAAAUGCCAGAAACAAUUAUAGAAAGUGUCCUUACAGGCAAACUAGACUCGAAGUUAUUGAUAAAAUGGUUAAACGACGAAUCCUUAGAGGAUACAUCUGAAGACUGUAUAUUGAAUUGCUGUAACAAGAAUGAUUUUGUGACGUGUUUUUUAUCGUUUUUGAGGACUCAAACGGAUAGCAUACUACAAACAAACAGCAAUGCAGUACAAAUACUCCAACACAGUACACCGGAAAAGCUUCUCAGUACACGAAGGAAGCACCGGAGAUCCAUCAGUGACCCUACCAGUGAAGACCGAACGAUGGACAGUUUAUCAGUCAAAACAGACAGGCAACGGAGCCACGAAUCACCAAGCAAAGACCGUAAAAGAACCGGUAGAAGAGUGAAAACUAAAUUAUUUAACGAAGAAAAAUCAAUUAAUCAAUCGGCAUCCUCGGACGAGUCGAGACUUAGUACUGGAGUAGACAAACUGAUACUAUCAAGUACACCAAUGAAGAAUGGCAUUAAACCUUCCGAUUACCCCACCUUAUCCCUCAGUAGUCCGGUCACUCCCAACCCGGUAACUCCAAGAAGUUUUGUCAAAGAACAGUAUGAACGAUGUGAUACUCCUCGUUUGAGUCACAGGCAUUCAAGGUCACAGGAGAAAAGCUGUUUAGGAGAUUACAUUGUGAAUGUAACGAAGAGUAGUAAAAAGAAAAAAGGGAGGAGUUCUACUGAAAACGAUGAUGCUAAACCGGAAUUGGAUUUGACUAGUUCGGACAUGUUUCCUGAAAUUGGUGCUAGGAAAGCCAGUUCUUUGAGGUCCGAGAAACGAAGGAUAAAACCCACUAAUAUAGAUAAGUCACAGAAAAGCAUUUCUUUGAACAGUUUUAGUGCGGAAUCUAUACAAACGUCACCGUCCUUGGUCGAGGAGAAUUCUGUGUUUAAGCAGCAGCGGAUACAGGUUAAAGAAACAAACAGUUUUGAAGCAGAAAGAAAUUUUUUGAAGCAAGAAAGGCAUAAGUUAAUGGAGAAAUUUAACAUUUUAAACACUUCGUCCCCGCAAAAGGUCAUAGCCACACCUCAAAUUAAAAUAACUCAAAAGAACUCGAUAGAAAAAUGCCAGAGUUUCAUUAAGAGUGAUGUUACAAAGGUUGUUUUUAAAGAUAAACUUGAUUUGUUGGUGGAAAUCUAUAAAAUCUUGAUGACUAACAAUCUCAUAUUGAGUUUGAAUACGGAAAUAUAUUUUUUGAUAUCCAUUUUGAUAUCAAAACAGUUGGAAGAUGAUUAUAUUUUAGCGCAGAAUAAGUUAAAAGACAAUGAUAUGGGAUGUUUAUUGAAAACUAUACACAAUAGUACAUAUUUUGCCGUCAAAUCCUUGUGGCACCAACGUGUUAUUUUGGAAGUUAUACUCGAUAAAAGUUCUUUGAAGACUUUGGGUGAAAACAAAAAGGUCCGUAGCUUCUACCCGGAUUUGGCAAAAUUCCUCCUCAAUUGCUACGGGCUCCGUUGUGAAGCCGAAAACAAUCAGGAUAAGUCGAGACAGACCGAGUCGCAAUCUAACGGAGUGGUGUGUUUCAACUCGGAGACGGACAAUAUCGAUAAUUUCCCUUCGAUGCUAAGUUUUCAAACGUUUAAAAAGCAACGGGAUAUGUUUUAUGAAAUUUGGAGGUGGUACCAAGAUACUCAAUCGGGAGGGUCUCGUUCUUCACUCCGGGGAAGAGUUAAGACCCUCCUCUGUACUGGAGCUGGUCCAUGUAACCUGGCUCAUUUGGCAAAUCUCUUCACGUCACACAUGUACCAACACUGCUUACCCGCAAGUAAACAGGAAUCGAAGCUAAGCAAGUUACAGCGGCGCCUUACUUGUCCGAAUGCGCCGGAGUCAAACCGACUACCACAGUUUAGUCAACAAGAAAUGUUUUACAAAGAUUUCAUAAUAAAUGCUGAAAAUGAAUCGUUUCGCGUACAUUUAAGGGACGCGAUAGCUUCAGAAAUAUGUGUCCUUGAUGCAACGCAUAUAGCGUCCGAUGAUAGAAGCAAUUCAAAUUUUGACAUAACGAAAGAGUAUCUAGCUCUUUCAAAAAAGCUUGGUCUUUUAGCGAAGUUCUUGGGUCUUUUGGCGUCCUUGCCGUAUACUCAACUAGUAGUAGACCCUUCGAACAAGAAUACUGUAGCCAAAGUGAUCUGUAGAGAAGUUAAUUACUCGACGCCUAAGGAAAAAGUCUUAGCAAACGACCUAGCCUUGAGAAAUUACAGUCAACCCGCACUGGAUCUGUUAGGCAUAUUAAAAAAUGCACAAGAAAAUGGCCGACUAUCGAUAACUUUACCAUGGAUCGUCCACUAUUUAUCGAUGCUAGACUACACAUCACUAAGAAUAACAUACUACCAAAAUCUACUAAAAAUCUUAUUCGAUAUACACACGAAUCGACUAAAACUAUAUAACACUAACCUAAAAAAGAACACGGUGAUAUAUUUGAAAUCGAUUCUCGGCUGGUUAUUCGACUUACCGCAUUUCCCUCAAGAGUUGUUCUACGAAAAUCGACUAAACGUUAGUGUUGGGAGCGAUUUGAAUGUCGACGCUUGUGAUUUAGUCGAUGAAUCGGUUAUAAUAGAGUUGUGUCCACAUUUGAAGGAUUUGAAUGUGUUGUUAUCGACAUGUAGAGUGUCGCAGGAACAAAAGGAUAUGGCCAGCUACCGCCAUAUUACUCCAGUCAGCUUAACUUUGAAUCCAGAAGACAGGAUUAAAAAUAAAGAAAAGGAAUUACAGGCUCGCUUAGAAGAAGAAUUAUUAAAAAGUCAACCGUCGUCCACGCGUCGUGUGCUCGAACUGGUCAUCGAACGCGUGACCUCGGCGUGUGUGAGGGAGCUCUCUGCCCAUACCCUCACGGAGGUCCGCGAGAGGGCCGGCAGAGCUGUUGCCAAGAUGGUUUCUAAUUAUCAGGGUGAUCAAGCCUCCCUUCUCCCAGCCGCCCAGCAAAUAUACACGGACCAUCUACAAUUGCUUCGGACCAAAGCCCUGGAGUCCGGCCGCAGUUCCAUCCAGAGCCGGUCGGAGGCGGCCGUCGCGGCCCUACUAGCGUCGGCCCCCGCCCCCCUAGUCACGCUGGUCGUCCGCGCUGCCGUUACCAGGCUCGGGAAGUGGGUUCACGACAACUGGAGUACAACUGCGGUCCUCUGCAAAGAUGUCGAAGCUGAAUUGAAGACGUUAAUCGCACUCGGUGAUCUAGCAAUCACUACGUGUCACAAGACUACAGUGGACGUCACCGCUAUGACCACGCCUGGGGCUCAGUUCACGGCCCAACACGUCAGCGCGGCCGCUUGCGUUAUUAAUUUAAAGGAGCAAGUGUGCCUCCUACUGGAGGGGUCGGAGGCGCCGAGCUUAGCUCGCGUGGUCGCGUCGUGCGCACUGGCGUGCUCGCCGACGAACAUGUUCAUACGUCCGCCCACACAACGCGCCAUAUUGCAGCUUAGCGUCGACCUCUGCGUCGUUUUUGUAAGCAGAAAACCGAAGGAAGUGAACGAAUCCUUCCUUUCAAAACUCCACGCAAUUUGGAACGUCUGCUGUCCGGACAGAAAAAGAUCCCCACCUCAAGAAAUCACCCUACCUGAAAGAAGAGAAGAAUUAUCCCCACAAUUCCGAAAUUUCGAAGACGAAGAACGAGCCCCAACGCCUAUAAGCGACGAAGAAAUCCCAACGAAAAUAGUCAUAAUCAACCCCAACCCGGAGACCUCGGAAAAACUCACAUCGAACUCGGAAAAAAUGCCAACAAACUCGGAAAAUUCGGAGAAGUUGCCACGAAAGUCGGGUAGUCAAGGGCAGGAGAGUGAUGAUAGUGAUGUGAAUUUGGAGUUUUUCGAUAGGAUUCUGUGUCCGAGGAAUAUAAUGUUGCUUAGUGAUGGGAAAUGUGUUGAUGUUUGGGAGGCGAUGGCGACAGUUCUGGUGUUCUUGUUAAAACAUGAUUAUUUGAGCGAAGAUUCUCUUACUGAGCAGUGCUUAGCUGUGUACAGACAGGAUUGGUCCCAGAGUGUCCUAGAAAGCCUGUCAACAUGUAUGAAGUCAGUAUCAGCGCGUUGGUCCAGAUCAUCGACGGGCAAGUUCACAUUAUUUCUAGAUUUCCUAGCUGAGUACUGCGGGGAUAUGGACUAUGAUCCGUCCGAUCCGUUAGAGCCAUAAGUCAUUAAUCACCAUACGAAUUUAUUUUUAAUCACCACUCCGAUUUUUGUGUUAAUCACCUACUAAUUGUGAAUUUAU